CUGCCUUCAGAGCCCCGAAUGUUCUGAGAUGACAUUGGGUUCUUGAGGUUAUGCCUGAACGUGGAUUCCGAAAAUUCUGCAGAUAAGAAAAACAGGAGCUUUAGAUUUUAUUUAUUUUUUCUUAAAUUUGGGAAAAUAUAUGCUCUGAUAUAUGGGGAAUUGCUGUGUCACACCGGCGAGUUUGUUGGGGAAGAAACAAGGGAGAAAGAAGCCCAACCCUUUCUCUGUUGAUUAUUCUGGGAAUUAUGGAACUGGAGCUGGUAAUAAGGUUGUCUUGAAAAAUCCGACUGGUCAGGAUAUUGGGGCCAACUACGUGCUGGGUCGUGAGCUCGGUAGGGGAGAAUUCGGGAUUACGGUUCUUUGCACUGAUAUAAAGACAAAGGAGGCAUUUGCCUGCAAAUCAAUCUCCAAGAAGAAGUUGAGAACUGCAGUGGAUAUCGAAGAUGUGAGAAGAGAGGUGGAGAUCAUGAAGCAUUUGCCCCCACACCCAAACAUUGUGAGCUUGAAGGAUACUUAUGAGGAUGAUAAAGCCGUUCAUCUCGUCAUGGAAUUGUGCGAAGGUGGUGAAUUGUUUGAUCGAAUCGUUGCGAAGGGACAUUACACCGAACGGGCUGCCGCCACUGUUACUCGUACCAUCGUUGAAGUUGUUCAGGUUUGUCACAAACAUGGGGUGAUGCAUAGGGACCUCAAACCUGAGAAUUUUUUGUUUGCAAACAAGAAGGAAACAUCUCCCUUGAAGGCGAUUGACUUUGGGUUAUCAGUUUUCUUUAAACCAGGUGAAGUGUUUACAGAGAUAGUCGGAAGUCCUUACUACAUGGCUCCAGAGGUUCUGAAGCGAAAGUAUGGCCCAGAGGUUGACGUCUGGAGUGCUGGAGUGAUCCUUUACAUUUUAUUAUGUGGUGUUCCACCUUUCUGGGCAGAAACUGAGCAAGGAGUUGCACAGGCUAUUAUUCGCUCAGUCGUAGAUUUUAGGAGAGACCCUUGGCCUAAAGUUUCUGAUAAUGCAAAAGACCUUGUCAAGAAGAUGCUUGAUCCAGACGCAAAGCGGCGGUUUACUGCUCAGCAAGUGCUUGAUCAUCCUUGGUUGCAAAAUUCUAAGAAGGCUCCAAAUGUCAACCUGGGUGAGACUGUCAGGGCAAGACUUAGACAAUUCUCCGUAAUGAACAAGCUCAAGAAAAGAGCCCUAAGGGUGAUUGCAGAACAUUUGUCAGUGGAGGAAGUAGCAGGAAUAAAGGAUACAUUUGAAAUGUUUGACACUGAAAAAACUGGGAAGAUCAAACUUGAGCAGCUAAAAGCUGGAAUACGAAUGGUUGGACAUCCAUUCUCUGAUGCGGAGAUCGAGAUUCUGAUGCAAGCUGGAGAUGUAGAUGGUGAUGGGGCUCUGGAUUAUGGAGAGUUUGUUGCAGUUACAGUACACAUGAAAAAGAUUGGGAAUGAUGAUCAUCUUCGUAAAGCUUUUGCAUUCUUUGAUCAAAAUCAGAGUGGUUACAUUGAGAUUGAAGAGCUACGUGAAGCUUUAGCUGAUGAAUUGGGUUCUAAUGGUGAGGAAGUCAUCAAUGCCAUUAUUCACGACGUGGACACAGACAAGGAUGGACGAAUUAGUUAUGAAGAAUUUGCCACUAUGAUGAAGGCAGGCACAGAUUGGAGGAAAGCAUCAAGGCAGUAUUCUCGAGAACGAUUCAAUAGUCUCAGUAUGAAAUUGAUGAAAGAUGGACCAUUGCAGUUAGAAAAUGAGGGUAGAUGAAACA